GUUCAUUGCGUCUUCCUUUCGAAAUUUUAGCCCUUCAUCUGUCGGGAGAAAAUUUGUAUUCUCCCAAAGUUUCUGCUGCAAUAAAAGCUUUUCAUUAAAAAAGAAGCAAUGUUUUCUGGCUUAUUACAAGCAGCAAAGAACAGUCCAUUUUCUAGUCCUCUUCAACAGGCACAAUGCGUUCCAAGAGAGCAGAAAUCAGUCAAUAUGGCGGCUGUCCCAUCAGGUAAUUUGGUAAAAUUUGUCUUUAGUUGCCAAAAUUGGUUGCUGUUUUUUAAUGCUUUUGACUGGUUUGGUGUGUAAUCUGUACUGCUGAUAUUAGAUUGGGUAUGGUGUAUGGUUUUGUGGGUAUUUAAUGUUAUUGAGCGUGAUUUUUUGUGGUAAAUUAAAAUGCCGGUCACAUGUGAUUUUAUGACAAACUGCAAUAUAAGAUGUAGCAAAUUUAAUUAUAAAUUUCUGGUAAUUUUAUAAAUGAAAUCUCGGUGUAAAGAAAUACAAGAUGAAUAAAUUUUGCAGUUUUAUGUAUUAAUAUUUUAAAAUUCUGUGUAAAUUUUUGAACAGAUGAUAAAUCUGCCUAACAAUACAUGUACAGUAUAUUUGUAUUCAAUAUAAAGAUAUUGAAUAUUACAUUACAUCAUUCCAUGUUCGUCCUAUGCCUGUGGUUUAAUUAACCAUUAACGCCUGUUCUCCACUAGGCGAAUUUUUUCGCGCGACGCGAAGCAAAAAACAAAUCUUGGCAAUGUGAUUGGUCCGUGAAAAAAUUUGCCGUGAAAAAAGUUGAAUCAGUUCCUACUUUUUUACUGUUUGCGCGAACAAAUUCGCCUAUUGGAGAAUGGGCUUAAGUAGUGUCCAAACGCGCCCUACCUUAUUUUUUACUCUGUCUAAUGCCAGACUAUUUUACUCGUCAAGGGGAGAGUGCUGAUGCUCAAGAAUGUACUUUUUUAUGUAAACAUUUUCAGAGCAGUACAGUUGUGAAUUUGGCGAUUCAAAAUACUAUGCAUUGUGUGGUUUUGGUGGUAUUCUAAGUUGUGGUAUCACACAUACUGGUAUUGUCCCACUCGAUCUUGUCAAAUGCAGAAUCCAGGUAAACCCGGAUAAAUAUCAAAGUCUCGGCAAAGCUUUCCGCAUAACAAUUGCCGAAGAAGGUAUCCGUGGUCUUGGCAAGGGAUGGGCCCCAACGCUCAUUGGUUAUUCAAUGCAAGGACUCUGUAAAUUUGGUUUCUACGAAGUUUUCAAGAUAUUCUAUGGUAAUUUAAUUGGAGAGGUACUGUACAACAAGUUCCUAUUCAAGAUUUCAAAAUUUGCAAACUAAAGGUUCACUGAGCACUAUUGGAGCAACAGAUGGGGGUCAAGUAGCAGUUUUCAGAGUGAGAAAAUAAUGUUAUAAAUAGAAUUGAGAGAUGUAGUUUAACCCUUUAAGUAUGGCAAUGCACUCUACUCUAUUCAUGGUCUGAAAUUUACAGCAUCCCAAUAUCCAUAGGAUACCAAAAAUUUGGUUUUGGAUACCAAACUAUGAAUGAUACUAUCCCGACUGAAUACUAAGAAAAAUUUAGACAUGGGCCCCUAGUUUUUUAAUUCAGUUUACCAUCAGUCUUUCCUCACUGAGGCUAGCAUAUAGAAGUUCAUUGAAGGAUUAUGUCGAUUUUAGUGUACUAAUGAAUUGUUUAGUCAUUGAUGGUUGACUGUUGAGUCUCCUGUUAUUGUAAUUUGUAAUGGUGAGAGUUAUGGACACUUAUUUGGAUGGGACAGGGUAUAAUACUUAUGGUACUGCUAACCAGUGUCCAGAAGUGGGAUACUGCAUACUCAGGAGGGAUACUAAACUUUGAAUCCUGGUAUCCCAUUUGGAUACUGAGAAAAAAUAUAAAUUUCAGACCCUGCUCUAUUAUUUUACUCUAUCUAAUGCCAGAUGAUUUUACUUGUCAAGAGAACUGAAGUUCAAUGGGUUUUUCUAGUCUUAUUGUCAACAUUUCUGAAGUUAACCUCUGUCUGCUGCGUACUGAAUCCUACCAACAAUCACCAACUAAUAUUUUCUUGGUCUUUAGGAAUAUUCAUACACCUGGAGAACGUCCCUGUACCUAGCUGCCUCGGCAAGCGCAGAAUUCUUUGCAGAUAUAGCUCUAGCGCCCAUGGAAGCAGUUAAAGUGCGUAUUCAAACCAAUCCUGGCUGGGCCAACACUCUCCGAGAAGGAGUGCCAAAAUUAUUAAAAGAUGAAGGUAUCCGAGGGUAAGUUUGUCAUUUUAAAUUUAUAAUGUUUUCAUGUUGCCUCACAUUACAUUUUAGCUUGUCCGCAUUAUAACCAAGUCACAGAAUAGGAAGUUAUACCAGAAGCGUAACUCUAGUCGUUUCCCUUAUUGUUUGACGUCCACAAGAAUUUUAACUCGCUCACGUCAGGCCACGCCAUCCUGGCUAGUACAGCCGGAAGUUUUUAUCAGGAUUUGGUAGGUACAAAGUGCCGGUUGUACUAGCCAGGAUGGCGUGAUUGAUGACGAAUCGCUUGUAAAAACGUGGACAAAUAUUUGCUCGAGUUACGCUUCUGGUAUAACUUCCUAUUCUGUGACCAAGUUGCCAAUUGCCCGUUUGCAAUCGACGCCAUCUUGGUUGAUUUUAAAAACAUAUGUGGCAACUAAAAAUCUAUAGUCUUCAUUCUUUGACGUACUGUGCCAGAAAUCGUAAACUAUCCAUAAUACAGUAAGAUGUUUUCAAAACAAACCAAAAAUAUUAAAGUAACUCAACUAUUUCCAUGUAAACGGCUGGACAAAACUUUAAAAUCAACCAAGAUGGCGCCUAAUGACAUCAUGUGCAAGGAAAGAAUUGGUUGCAUAAGCAUUCGAGAUUUUCAGCCUCUCACUUGAUAUAACUAAAUGUUGACACUUAUAGGAGACUUAAAUUUCUCAUUUCUUUUUAAUUGCCUAAUACAAGAGUAUUGCAUAUAACAAACAGGGUGUCCAUGGGCCUUGAAAAUCCUGGAAAGUCCUUGAAUUGGAAAAAAAAUCCAGGACUGGAAAGUCCUUGAAAAUCACUACAAGUUCUUGAAAGUCCUGGAAUUAAUUUCCUUAAUUAACCUCCAGCUGUGCCAACAUUAGUGAUUUUGAUUAAAAUUACUGAAUAAAGUGAAUUAUCAGUGUCAUUUUCAAAGAUUUUUCCCAGUUCUAGGUCCUUGAAUUUACUGAAAAAGGGUCUUGAAAGUCCUGGAAAAGUCCUUGAAUUUCACCUUCACCAAAGGGUGGACACCCUGAAUAAACAAAUUAACAUUGGUUCUUGGUUGACCUGCAGUUAGUUGCCCUCAUGAAAACCACCUUAGGGUGAUGAGGCUUUCCUCGUAAAAUAAAGUAUCCUAUCAUAGCAGUUAUUUAUUCAUUAUUCAUAACACGAUGUUUUCUUGCACAUAUUUUUCAUUGGGUUCAUUACUUUUCAGAUUCUAUAAAGGUCUACCUCCACUGUGGCUGAGACAAAUUCCUUACACAAUGAUGAAAUUCUCUUGCUUUGAAAGAACAGUUGAAUUCCUCUACCACCAUAUUGUUCCCAAACCAAGGUAUGUUACCAUGUGAAAGAUGUCGCUGCUCAUGCUGUACUGCCAAGUAAAAAAGUUUGUUCUGGAUGCAAAAUCUGUAAUUGCUUCUUGAAAAUAUGUUUACCUUUCUGUUCUGUAGAGAUGAAUGUUCCAAGGGUGAACAAUUGGUAGUGACCUUCAUUGCUGGAUAUAUUGGUAAGAAUGUCUGAUAUUUUCUUAUUUACUUAUCUUGUCUUCAAUUCGAGUUCUGGAUAAAAAUACUUUGACUUAAAUUUCAUUUUCUUGCAGCCGGUGUAUUCUGUGCUAUCGUGUCUCACCCUGCCGACACUGUGGUGUCUAAACUCAAUAACGAUGUUGGUAGUUCUCCGAUACAAGCCGCAAAAGACCUGGGCAUGAAAGGUACAGUAUUUUACUGUCGUUCUGUUUGCAUGCAAGGAUGAAAAGUUCAAAGAAAAAAACAUUGUCAAUUCUGACAAGAAACUUCAACGUUUGUAACAAGCAUUUGAAGAUUUUGAUGAUUACCUAAGCCAAUCAAUGUGAGGCUACUGUAGGUAAGCUUUACUGGUUGAUCAGAAUAAAACCUAUCAAAUGCUUUUGACAAAGUUUUAACAUUGAGGUUUCACAUGAGCAAAGGUACUUUUACCUGUGACUGGUGUCCUAUCAAAUCUCCAAUUGAGACUAUACUUGAUGUAUAAACUUGCUUAAUUAACUAUUUCUCUUAUUUCUAGGUUUAUGGAAAGGUCUAGGUCCUCGUAUUCUUAUGAUUGGUACCCUAACUGCAGCUCAAUGGUUCAUCUACGACUCUGUUAAAGUUGUAUUCCGACUACCCCGACCACCACCACCUCAAAUGCCAGAAAGUUUAAAACAAAAACUUGCAGCUCAACAACAAUAAUCAUGUGAUCACUUCAUGAACACUUCACUGUAGUGCAUGUGAACACUUCAUGAUCACUGUGCAUGUGAACAAAUACUGGACAAUCUAAAGUAUAUGAAAUUAUUUUAAAACCAUGUGUUAGAACUUUUUAUAAAUUCAACUUGGACAAUAACUGUAUUUAAAACUUAAAGUAAACGUCAAUUCU